AUGGCAGGUAGCGGCGGCCUAGGCGACCGGGCCGGCGUCGGCCAGGGCGCGGGGGCCGGGCCCGGGCCAGCGCUGCGGGCACCCCGCGGGCCGCUGGUGCUCUGCGCGCUGGUGCUCGGCGCCUACUGCCUCUGCGCCCUCCCGGGCCGCUGUCCUCCGGCCGCCCGCGCUCCCGCACCGGCUCCCGCGCCCUCCGAGACGCCCCUCGCCGCCCACCGCCCCGGCGCGCUCGGCCUGCCCAGGGCCAGAAGCCCGGGACGCCGGCGCUUGCCACAGGCGCUCAUCGUGGGCGUGAAGAAGGGCGGCACGCGCGCCCUGCUGGAGUUCCUGCGGCUGCACCCCGACGUCCGCGCCCUGGGCUCCGAGCCCCACUUCUUCGACAGGUGCUACGAGCGCGGCCUCGCCUGGUACCGGAGCCUGAUGCCGCGUACCCUGGACGGGCAGGUCACCAUGGAGAAGACCCCCAGCUACUUCGUGACUCGCGAGGCCCCCCCUCGCAUCCUUGGCAUGUCGCCGGACACCAAGCUGAUCGUGGUGGUGAGGAACCCCGUGACCCGGGCCAUCUCCGACUACGCCCAGAUGCUGUCCAAGACCCCAGGCCUGCCCAGCUUCCGCGCCCUGGUCUUCCGCCACGGCCUGGGCCCCGUGGACACGGCCUGGAGCGCCGUGCGCAUCGGCCUCUACGCCCAGCACCUGGACAACUGGCUGCGUUACUUCCCGCUGUCCCACUUCCUGUUUGUCAGCGGCGAGCGCCUGGUCAGCGACCCGGCCGGGGAGGUGGGCCGCGUGCAGGACUUCCUGGGCCUCCGGCGGGUCGUCACGGACAAGCACUUCUACUUCAACGCCACCAAGGGCUUCCCCUGUCUCCAGACAGCCCAGGGGCGCAGCCGCCCGCGCUGCUUGGGCAAAUCCAAAGGCCGGCCCCACCCCCGGGUGCCGGAGGCCGUAGUCCGGCGCCUGCGGGACUUCUACCGGCCCUUCAACCGCAGGUUCUACCAGAUGACCGGCCAUGACUUUGGCUGGGACUGA